AUGGCUGGAACAAUGUUCCGUUCCAUAUUCGCGAAUACUUUAACAUUUUAUAAAAGCAACACUACUAAUUUGAGGAGUUUACAUACAGCAACCGUGACCUAUGCUGCCCGUAAGGGUACCAGGGCGAAGGCCCGUGCCAAGAAGGUUAAGGUUGAAGUCACAAAAGUUGGAUUCAUUCCACACAACCAGAGAGGGAAAAAUAAGAACAUUCAUUCGAAUGUCAGCAAGCAUUUAGAUGAUAUAUUCAAGCCAAUCCCCAAGGAUGAUGUGUACCCACUGAAGUACUACCGUUGGAUAGUGUACACUGCUGAAGAUGCAGUAAAGGCCCACCAACAAACACACCACCCAACUAUGUACAAUGUUCCCAAUGCUUUGGUAUCUGCACAGAUCGAGUUCAAUAUGGUUGCUGCUAAAAAGAAUCGUUACAUGGAAAGUUUCACCCGUCUCUCGUUGCUUCCCCACUUGUUCCCGCGUGAUGAGGAGCGCACAAUCUUGGCAUUCUGUAAAGGUUCUGAACUUAUCAAGGAGGCGACAGACGCAGGAGCUACGAUUGCUGGUGGAACUGAUCUUAUUAAGAAAAUUCAGGAAGGUCAAAUCAAGCUUAGUGAUUACGACUACGUGCUGGCGCAUCCCAAUGUCCUUACAGAUUUAGUGCCAAUUCGAGGUCUGAUGAAGAGACGAUUCCCUAACUUGCGAUCUGGCACUUUAGACAAUAAUAUUGGAGACUUGGUGAAGAAGUUUUCUGGAGGAGUCCAAUACAAAGUGUUGAAGGAUGAGCAUCAACAAAACUAUGGAUUUGUUGAAGUUCCUAUUGGAAGGUUGAAUAUGGACCCUAAGCUUGUAGCAGAAAACCUAGAAGCUUUGCUUAAAGAUUUGCAGUCAGCACGACCGAAACGCGAUGGUCUUUUCAUUACAAGGUAUGUUCAAACAGUGAACCAAAUUAAUGUAGGAAAUUAUGCUCAAAAAGUAAAAAUGUUGCCCUUAAAUACUCACAAAUUCAGCAUCCAAUUUUUUUUCACACUAUUUUCUUCAUCUUGUUCUGAACAAUUUUUCGGUGAAUUGGUUAUAAUCAUGAAAUUAACGAAUACAGCGCUUAUUUAUCACGGCUAG